AUGGACAAUCUCUAUUUACCGACGGUGAAUUGGCUUACCAUCGGUACCGACGGUACCGACGGACAGUGUUUUGGAGGGCUACCUUAUGCCAUAGCAAUAAUGCUAAAUAUUUCAUUCACCAACGGACUUUUCAGAUUUACCGACGGUGAAUUCAUUUCUCCAUCGGUACUGAUGGAGAAUCUCUAUUUACCGAUGGUGAAUUGGCUUACCAUCGGUACCGACGGUACCGACAGACAGUGUUUUGGAUGGCUACCUUAUGCCAUAGCAAUAAUGCUAACUACCUCAUUCACCAACGGACUUUACAAAUUUAGCGAUGGUGAAUUCAUUUCUCCAUCGGUACCGAUAGAGAAUCUCUAUUUACCGAUGGUGAAUUGGCUUACCAUCGGUACCGACGGACAGUGUUUUGGAGGGCUACCUUAUGCCAUAGCAAUAUUGCUAACGACCUCAUUCACCAACGGACUUUUCAAAUUUACCGAAGGUAAAUUCAUUUCUCCAUCGGUACCGAUGGACAAUCUCUAUUUACCGAUGGUGAAUUGGCUUACCAUCGGUACCGGUGAACAUUCAUUAUUUACCGAUGGUAUAUUCAUUUUUCCAUCGGUACGGAUGGACACCGAUGGUAAAAAUAUUUUCACCAAACUAACCGUCCGUAUGCUUGCUACAGUAUUGGACAACCCUCAUUAUGUGUGGUCGUCGCGCGUGUGCGCAUGCGUGACGGAGAUGUUACUCCGAAGCCAUGGUCCACCGAAGUGA